GAAAGGAACAAAAAUCACUCCUUUAAUUGUGAAAAAUGACGUUGUAACCAAUGAAAGCUUGAAAUAAGAAGUCAAGGAGAAGCUUCAUUUCUGAUCAAAAUCAAGAGAACAAGAAACAUGGGCUUUCCUCCAAAGCUGGCCCUAGUUUUCAUCGGAUUCUUUGGAUGGUGCGUCUUUGCUACAAGUGUUCCUGACACCACCGGGACAACUGUUCUCUGCAACUCAGGAGUGUACUCAAAGGGUGAUCCCUUUGGAAUUAGUCUAGCUUAUGUCCUUGCAGAAAGUGGGGCUGUAACCCCAACGAGCAAGAAUUAUGACUACUUCAACAUCUCUCCUUAUCCUAAUGCUGCUGCCUAUGGUCAUGCUGCUUGCAAUCAGAACCUCACCAGCUCCGACUGCUCAUCAUGUCUUGGCGCGGCUAAAACAGCCAUGUUUGCGAGUUGUCAAAGCCGAAUAGGGGCUCGUUCGGUGCUCCAUGAUUGUACGAUUAGGUAUGAGCAAUACCCAUUUUCUGAUUAAACAAUUGGGCUCUCGACAAGAUAGGAUUUUUCUUUGGCUACCAUGUUUUCUAUGUACCAUGGACAGUGCGUCCAAACUUAUCCGUUUCAAUGUUCUCGUACGUGGUUUGGCUGAUAAGGUUUUUGCUUGUUCUUUCCUGUCACUUGUUAUCAUGUUUUCGUUCUUAUUGAGUUAUUUUGGCUUAUUAGUUUUCUUGUUCAUUCUUGAACAUGCCCAUCCAAUUUUGGAUUCUUGUAGACUAUCAAGCAUGCCUGUUUGUGCGUGAA